AUGUCGGAUCAGAGACUGCCGGUUCGGCGCAGGUUCAAGAGGCUGAAGAUUGCCAUUGCUUCAUGCAACCAGUGCCAGAGGAAACGCGCCGCUUGCGUAUACCGGAGCGACGCGGGGGCGACCAAUGGAAAUAAUAUUAUCGGAUCGAGAGUACGGCUUGAAUUGCCCGACCGGCACGCCUCGCUGCCCGUCCGGGGCCAAACCGCGCCGGCCGAUGCCGACCCUCCCGAGCGCGACGGGACGGUUCCCGCUGUGCUGCGCGUUCCGGUCCCCGCGAGUUCAUCUCGCGGGAAAAACAAUCAAGGAACCCAUACUCCAUCAGGGAACUUGCCGGUCAAGGUGUCCCUGACGCCUUCUUCCUUCCGCAUGCCACUUGUUCAAUAG